AUGAAGCCUAAACUUAGACAGGACUUGUCUUUGGUAAGUUCGCAAAACGUAUUUGUUUAAAUAAUUCUGUGCCCCUCUCAAAGCCAGUUUUUGGAGCUUGGGGCACAAAAUAACUUGAACUAAUAAUCAAUAUAAAAAAGUAUUUAGUAAGAUGUUUUAGCUAUCAUUACAUGGUCUAGCCCUAAACGACACACAUAUAACACCUCAAUGCUUCCCAGAUCGGUUAAAUCUACUAAAGCUUGAGUUGGAAGAUCUGACACUUCAACAACUCAAAAUUGAAGAAAAGAAAGUUGAAAUACGACGAAAAAUAGUGUUAUUGGAAACAGAAUGUGAAGCUGCUAGUCAACAACAAGCAAAGAUUUGUCUUAUGACAAAAGGUAGGAAAGUUAUAAAUUUUUUAUAAAACUUUUGUUAUGAGACCUAGUAUUACAGACAAUGUUGCCAAUACCUUUGUAUAAACUUAAAAAAGUUAUUUUUUAAAAUUUUUAAAAUUCAAGUUUUGUUUUCUCAUAUUUUAUAAAAUACGCCUUUUAGCUAGCAGAAAGUCAAAGAAAAAGAAACGACCAAGAAAGGAUAAAGAUAGAAGUAAACAUAAACAAAAAAAGCCAAAUGAAAUGCCAAUAUCUAAAACAGCUAACAAGAUUGUAAUAAGGGACAAUGAUAUAGUAGAGAAUGAAAACAUGGCUACAGAAGAACAAUUUUCAAGCAGAAUUAAAGUUGAGCAAAUACAACAACAAUAUAACGAAGAAAAAGAACGUGACGAACAAGAAGAAAAAAGCUUUAAUAAAGAGCAAGAAAGGAAAGAAGACUUUAAGCAAGAGCAAGAAGAACAAGAUGAACAACAGCGUAUAAAUAAGGAAGAAGAAGAAAAAAUAUAUGAGAGAAGGCACGAGCAAAACGAAGAAAAUUAUGAUAGAAAACAAGAUAAAGAGGAAAUAGUAGUAGACGAAGCGCAACAAGAGCUACCGGAAAUAGAAACAGCAGGACCAAUUGAUGAAGACGUUAUUAAACAAGACCUUAUUCGGCACUUUACACAAUUACCAAAGUUCCAAAAAGUAGCCAAAAUAAGAAAGAUACCAAUAAAACGAAAAUACAAGCUGCCAAAGAAGUCAAAACACUUACGGAAGAACAAAGACAAAGUCAGUAGUAAUAACCUCUUGAGUAGUCAAUCAGAGAUGGUUUUAAAGAACGACAAUGUAGAAGAAAAACACUCAAAAGCUACAAAGUUUGAAAAAACUACAAAGUUAGAAGAAGGUAAUAUUAAAAAAGACAUUCAAUUUGAAGAAGCUACCAAAUUUGAAGCAAAACAAGAUGUUAUUGAACAAAAACAAACUGUAGUUCGACCAUACUCGGAAAAAAUAGCUACAACUAUAAUGCCAUUUUUAGAAGCAGUAAUUGAGACUAAAACUCAAAAAGCAGACAGAUUUGCUCGGUAUAAGAAUAAAGUAAAGGAACGAGAGGAACGUAUUAGAAAGAACCAAUAUAAUGAAGAAAAACAUCACAAAAUAGAAAAAGAAGAAGAUAAAGAAGAAGAUAACGAAUAUAUAAUAGAAGACGAAGAAGAAGAUAAACCGUUAAAAAAAGAAGAAAAGCAUCAAGAGAAUUCAAAACAAAAAAAAGAAAAAAAGUUCAAUAAAGAAAAGAAUGAUCAAAGCUCUGACAAUUCAAAUAUAAUUCAAGAAAUUGACGAAGAUGAAUUUACAAGGAAAAGCUGACAAAGUAGACAAAAAACUUAGAAAUACAGCUGAUGAUGUUAACAAAGGCAAUUUUAAUGCCAUAGAAGAUAAAAAAACAGCGUUUGAAGGUGCUCACGGCAAAUUAAUAGACACAGAAGCUGACGUUAACAGUGGCAAUAUUAAACCAAGAAAAAAUAAGAAGAAGAGUAAAGAGAAUAAAAUAAAAGAUAACAUACCACGUCUAGAAGAACAAUUAACCAAGGUAGAAAAAGCCAAUAGUAAGACUGAGGACUUCAAAGAAGUAGUUAUAAACAAAGUCAAUAAAGCCCAACUGAGUAAGAAAUUUGUUGAGCAGCCAAGUCAAAGUGGCGUCGGCGAACCACAAGUCAACGUUAUUCCAGUAAAACAUAAUGACAAAUUGAGAAGACCAGUAGUAACUGAAGAUUCAAGCUCAUUACAAGAAAACCCUGAGAAGGCUGAUGAUUUAAAAACGGUUGAGAAAAGCUUUGAAGAAGGUGAUGAAAAAGAUGAUAGAAAAGCCAUUAACAAAAUUUUUGAACGAGCAAAUAACAACAGACGUAAAGAUAAAGGCCAUCAAAUACCAAUUCAAAAUAUAGAAGAAGAUUUUGAGCUAAUUACGGUAGUAGUACCGUAUUUCGACAAAUACAAAAAGUUUGCUGACAGAAAUUAUAACCGGAAAACUAAUAGGGAUAAAAAAGUAAAAUACGGCAAGAAGCAUCGAAAGAAAGACAUUAUUAAAGGUAAAGAAACAGAUGAACCCUCAGAACUCAAAAACAACGAUAAAAGCUCAGAUUCAGAAGAUUUAAUAGUAGAAACAGCAACAAUAAAAAGUCCAAUUCCUGUACUGACAACAGUAGAACCAGAUGUUACAGCUACAACGGUUGAAUAUCAGUUUGUAACUGAGGUUGUGACAUUAUCUAUGUUGGAAAAUGGUCAGGAAACUAUAGAAGAAAGUCGAGUUAAUGAUAAAAAGAAGAUGAAUAAUGAGAAGGAUAAAAAGGUAAAUAGCAACAAAAAUAAAAAGACAAAAAACAACAGAAGAAAGGAAGAGCAAUCAAAAAUAGAAGAAGAAAAAGAUGUAAAAGACGCCAUAAAAAAUAGGUUUGUUAAAAAGAAGAACGAUACAAACAAGCAAGAAGACAAUAAAGAAGAAGAAGAUGAUUUUAUAGAAGAAGAUACGAAAAACUAUGAUUCUGAGGAUAAAACAAAAGCUAAAAGUAAAGAUGAUAGUCAAACUCAAAAGAAGAAAAAUAACCGACAAAAGAAUCGUAAGGACAAAGGAAAGGCUGUGAGCAAUGACAAAGAUAGUGAUGAAUUUAUAGAAGAUGACGAAGCUUCGUACGAUAACAACAAAAAGACAAAAACAGAAGACAAUAAAAAGACAUCAAAACAAGACAAUAAUAAAAAGACAAAUCAUACAGCCGACGACGAUAUUAUCGAAUCUGAUGAUGAAUCUGAAUUAACGCAAAACAAAGAUACCAAAAAUGAUAGUAUUAAAGACAAAAAGUCAGAAGCAAAGAAGGCAGAAAACAUAAACAAAAAAGACGAAAAAGAAGACGAUGAAUUCGUUGAAGAAAACGAAACUGGCUAUAAUGACAAGGUAGACGAUAAAAAGAAAGAAAAAGAAGCAAAGAAAAGUGUUGACAAAAACGUUAAAAUUGAUGAAACUAAAAAAGAUGAAGAUGAGUUUGUAGAAGAAGAUGAUAGUGAUUACAAUAAAGAAAACCAAAGCGGUGUAAAAAAUGAAGAAAAAGAACAUAAAAAAGAAGAAAAAAGCCAAAAAGAAGCGUUGAAAGAACAGAAAGAAAAAGAAACAAAAGAAAAAAGCAAAGAAGAUAAUGCCAAUGACAAAGAUGAUGACGAAUUUGUAGAAGAAGAUGAUAGUAAUUACAAUAAAGAAAAAGAAAAAGAUGCAAAAGAUGAAGAUAAAAAACUUAAAGAAGGAGGAAAAGAAGUCAAAGAAAAAGGAAAAGAACAUAGUGCAAAUGACAAAGAUGAUGACGAAUUUGUAGAAGACCAAGAAAACGGCUUCAAGGACCAAAAAGAAGGAUCAAAAACCAGAUAA